AUGUCUGCGGAACAGGCUGCCUACCCGAAUGCAACGCUUAUCAACAAUGUCAACCUCUCCACCGUUCAGACUCGUCCACUUGCUUGGGCAACAGUCGACUAUAUCCCUUCUCUCGCUGGCAAUCCAUUCUACCUCGCAGUCCCCUACGCUGUACUUGUUAUACAAAGCAUCCUCGGAAUCCACUACCGGUCCUUAGUGGCACUGUUCCUUGGCGUACUCGGCGAGAUCGUUGGCUAUGUCGCACAAGUCCAGAUGGCACAGAACCCCUUCCUCAGAACCCCGUUCCUCAUGUACAUCGCCUGCCUGACUCUCGCCCCCGCUUUCCUCACCGCAGGCAUCUACCUCUGCCUCUCCCGCAUCACCUUCGGCUACGGCGAACAUCUAGCACGCUUUGCACCGCGUACCUACGCCAUCAUCUUCAUCACGUCAGAUAUCCUUGCCCUGGUCUUGCAGGCUGUCGGUGGCGCUCUGGCCGAUACGGCCGGUACGCCCAAAGAGACACAAACCGGAGUCAACAUCAUGUCGCGAGCCAAUCCCGCCAAUCUGGCGAAUGAUCAGUCCGCUUUUAUGGUGCUGGGGGGGGGGCGCAUGGUCGUGGUUGUCGAGGUCGCGUUGACGGUUGCGGAUCCGGGGGCGGUCUUCGAGGGGGCGUGGGAGGGGAAGGAGAUGCGGCUGGAGGGGAGGUGCGGUGGGGAGGGAAGGAGAGGGGAGGUGGAGGAUUGGGAGAUGCGUGUUGAGGAUGUUGGGAUAGGGGAUAGGGUGGUAUUGUAUAUAUGA